GCGGGCGGGCGGCGCCGGGCGCAGCCCUCCCAGUGGCGGCGGCGGUGGUGAGGGCGGGCCAGCACCCGGAAGAGAAGCUGCCGCCGCCAGUUUGACUUCCCCAGCUGGCCGGCAGGGACUGAGGCAAAGAAGCAGGCAAGCGGGCGCCAUGCUGCAGUUCUUGCUUGGUUUUACUCUUGGCAAUGUGGUUGGGAUGUAUGUGGCUCAGAACUAUGAUAUUCCUAACAUUGCAAAGAAGCUUGAAGAUUUUAAGAAGGAUGUGGAAGCUAAGAAGAAACCUCCCAGUGACAAGUCCUAAGAGGGUGGUGUUACCCAGGUCACCUCUGUGCAUGCAUGAAGGAUGCAGUUUACUUUUCAGGCAACAAAGGCCAAGCAGAGAGUUGGCAUGGGAAGUUUCUCCAUUUUUAGUCUCCUAGAACUGGAAUGCCCUUCUUUUGAAAGAGCAAUCAUGAACUUUUCCUGGGACUGCUUUUCAGGGGUUUCAGAAUUUGGAUUUGCAGUUGAUAUGUGACUGCAUAAUAAGAUCAUUUGUAUUUUUUGUUAUUACUUUUCCUAAUAUUUUGUACCCCAUUUUUACCUGAUCCAACUGGAGUCCUGUUUGUCCUGUAACUAAGCGUCCCUCACACUUUGUAAUACCUUAGUUCUUAGAACACUGCGAGAGAAAUUAAAUGCAUCAAGAAGUGGCUUUCAGGGUUUCUUGUCAUUUGUUGUGAGCAGCUACACUUCACUGCCCUUAAGAUACUCAUUCAAGAUGGGAAAGUUAGUCAAACUAUGAAUCUGAGGAGAAUGUGAGAGCUCCUGCUUUUUCCAUUGUUAAGUGAUCACUUCCAACAGUGCAGACUUUGCACGGACAUGGCUAAUGUCAAAAAUAUCAACUUCAAGAUUCUGUCACUGUCCUUGGAGCUGUUCAAGAAAUGUGUAGACAUGGCACUUCAGGACAUGGUUUAAUAACUGUGGUGGUCUUAGGUUGAAGGUUGGACUUGAUGAUCUUAGAGGUCUCUUCCAACCGAGACAAUUCUGUGAUUCAACCUAUGUUUCAAAUUCAUUUUCUCCUGCUGUUGUUUCUUCUCCCUUUUGGCUUGGUUGAUGAGGCUGAGGAUGCCUCUGGAGUGAUGGGAAAAUGUAAUCCAGGCAUGCAGUCAGCAGUUGCCUUGUGAAACUAAACCAUCCACUUUACGCACUUAAUGGUCCGGUUCGUGCAAUUGUUUUAAGUGUGCUUUUUUUUUUUUGCCUCUUGGACUAGAGCACAGUAUUUCUCCUUGUGCAUGGUCUUCAGCUUUUGCAUUUGAUUCACUUGACUAUCAUGUAUUUCCUUAGUGUUGGGACCAUUUAUUAGCUCUCCCCCUUAUUGCUUGUCUGAUAUGUUUCUCUACUCCCAUUGCUGCCAUUAAAAGCCUCGGUGUGUUGAGAUACUGUAGCACUAUCUUCUGUUUGCAUGGAAAGCAAGGUGUGAAUUUGGAAACCACAGUUUUAAACAAUUGCUGCUGUAAAUUUGGGAGAAAAUACUGCAGUAAUUUGAAUAGAUUUGAGUUUUUAUCAAGUCAAUAAUCAAAUACUUUUUUUUCCUGCAAAAUGGGGAAGUCCUAUCAGUGAGUUUGAAAACAACUUCCAGGAGGACUUACUCCAUCACCUUCCCAAGGACUGAAGCAUGACCGACCACCAUGUAGUUCCCCAAAUCUUCCACUUCAAAGAUGAGUGACAUUUGCUUUAUUCCAGUCCUCAGAGGCUUCCCUGGGUCACCAUAACCUUUCAAAGGCAAUGGAGUGUAGCCUCAUGAUGACAUCAGCCAGCUUCCUUAGCAUUUAUUUAGAUUUCUUUUGCAGUUUUAGUGCCUAUAGGGGCCCUUCCUGAUGCAAAACUGAGAGCCAGAGUGAUCCCAGUCCAGUCAGUGUUCUCACCAGUGAGGCACAGCCCUAAAGAUCUGCACACGGACAGUAACAGUGGCUGGCAAUGUCAGCCCCAAAUACAGUAAAGGGGUGAACCAGGCCUAAGGUCUAUUCCAAGAAAUUUGUUGAGCAAAAGGAGAUGGGAUGAGACCAGAGAGCUGAUUUGAGAUGAGGCUACAGCAUAGGCUUGGCAUCGUCUAAGAAACAAGGCCAAAUGCGGACAUAAACAUGGAGCUUCAGAUGUGUGCUUAUGUGGUAUUCCUGGGACCUAAGGAAGGAGAUAUGGGUGGGAGUUGCAAGUGAGGCUG